GGCGAGGGAUCGCUGCGUUUGUGGCCGUCCUCCUUCCUUCCCUCCCCGCGGUUUCAGACGCGCGGCGAUCUUUUACUUUCCUCCCUUCUCUUCUGCCGAUCUGCGCGCUGCCUCAGCUCUUAUCUUUUGGACCUCCGAGGACUUUGUGAAAGCUUCCAGAUUGGUUUGCUCGAGCGUUUGCUGGGCUUCUCGAAGCAAGACGCAGAUGCUAUCUCUCCUUACAACGAGGAGGAGGCAGUUUUUCUUUUUUUGGUCUUUUUCUUUACUUUGAGACAGGACUGGGCGUUUUCAGCUCAUGUGCGUGGGAUUGUUGGGGAUUAGAAUGCAAACUCGCAACUUGUUUUUUUGUUCCCAACGGCUCAAAAACUCUGGAAACAGUGCUCGGAGAGCCUUGACUACCGGGCAGAGGGGUUCUGGCAGGUGAGGAGCAGGGUAGCAUUGUGCUCGUUACGGACCACUCGCAGCAUCCCAGUCUGUUCCUGGGACCCUCUGCAGGUCGAUGACUUUGUGCAACACACUGGGAUGUCGUAUCGGCGCAAGGUAGAGGCUCCUCUUGGGUAGAGGAGCACAGCUCACAGUGGAGACCUGAGCCCUGAGUGUGGCUGUCCCAGCACAGCAGGUUUAGCACAGUGGAAACAUGGCUACCAGCGCUGUUCCCAGCGAAAACCUCCCCACAUACAAGCUGGUGGUGGUUGGAGAUGGCGGCGUGGGGAAGAGUGCUCUCACCAUUCAGUUCUUCCAGAAGAUUUUUGUGCCAGACUAUGACCCAACCAUUGAAGAUUCCUACCUGAAGCACACAGAAAUAGACGGGCAAUGGGCAAUUCUUGACGUUCUGGACACAGCAGGCCAGGAGGAGUUCAGCGCGAUGCGGGAGCAGUACAUGAGGACUGGAGAUGGUUUCCUUAUAGUCUACUCUGUGACAGACAAGGCCAGCUUUGAGCAUGUGGACCGUUUCCACCAGCUGAUUCUCAGAGUCAAAGACAGGGAGUCCUUUCCAAUGAUUUUGGUGGCAAACAAAGUUGAUCUAAUGCAUUUACGGAAAAUUACAAGAGAACAGGGAAGAGAAAUGGCAACAAAACAUAAUAUUCCGUAUAUAGAAACUAGUGCCAAGGACCCACCUCUAAAUGUUGACAAGGCCUUCCAUGAUCUCGUAAGGGUAAUAAGGCAACAGAUCCCGGAGAAAAGCCAGAAGAAGAAGAAAAAGACCAAAUGGAGAGGGGAUCGAGCCACAGGCUCCCACAAACUCCAGUGUACAAUUUUGUGACGGGGCACCCAGGAGCACCUUGGACAUCUCCCUCCUGCUCCCAACCCACCAAGACCUGAGGCUCCCAGAGGCUCUGGCUCGGAGGAGGUGGCUCGAGGGGUCUGGACCCCAGCAGUCAGCUGGAGGGGCUCCUCGUGGGGCUGCAUGGAGCAGUGCUAGCAGGAGGUGGAAAGGAGCAGCAGGACUUUGAUGCUCGGACGUUCCCAGCUCCUUCCAGAGGCCUCCAUGGUGUGUUUAAAAGAAAAAACAAAAGUGUUGGUUUUAUCUGCAAACAUUUCUCCUUGUGACCCUUUUAUGAGCAGCCAUGAAUAGACCCAUUUGGUACAGUCGUGUGUGUAUGUGUGGGAGAAGGGAAAGGGCU